AUGAUGAACGCUGCACUGAAAGAAUUACAGCUAAACGAGCAGAUCGAGGACUUGUCACUUGCAUUCAAAGAGAUACCUCGAUCCGACCAUACAUUGACACCAGCCGAGUUGGCAGCUUUCGAUGAUCUUUCCACUACUCUUGUCGUGGAUUCAGUUCUUAAUUUCACAACACACAAAAUAAGCAGAAAGCGCCGUUAUUUGUAUGGAGACGAGCACAGAAUGGCUAGUGAGACAAUGAAAAAGUUCAGAGAAUCCCAGGACUGGACUAACGCAAUCUACUCGUUUCUGAAUAUGAGAAGCAUAAAGGGCUUCAUUGAAAAGUUUACAUUCAAUAAGCAAGCAGAAUUCCGCGAUCAUAUCGUUCGUUUCCUCAAUAUUUUCUCAAUUGAUGCGGGGUACACCAUCGAAGAGUGUAACCGCUAUUCAGCAGAAGGGCAUAAAGGCGCCAAGCUGGUCGCAACGCGGGCUUGGAGUCGUGGGGACAAAAUCGAUCGCCUGAUCGGUGUUCUCUGCUCGAUGAAAAACAACGAGGAGACUACACUUCUCUCAGCCGAAGGCAGCGACUUCUCUGUCAUGUAUAGCACUAGGAAACGGUGCUCAACUCUUUGGCUUGGGCCAGGGGCUUAUAUAAAUCACGAUUGCAAGCCAACUUGCCAGUUCCAAUCGAAUGGAACUUCUGCCCACAUAAGAGUUCUUCGCGACAUGGUUGCUGGAGAUGAAAUCACCUGCUUCUAUGGCAACGAAUUUUUCGGCCCUGGCAACGUUGACUGCGAAUGCGUGACUUGUGAGAAGAACAAACGCGGGAAAUUCCAGUUAAAUUCUGAUGAAGAAAACCAGGAACCGGAACCAGAAACAGAAGAACCAGGCUCAAAACGAAUGAAAUAUUCGCUCCGUUCUAGAGUAUAG